AUGCGUUCGAAGUUCCCAUGGGGCUAUAUGAUUUAUCGAACAGUCUACACUGCUGAGUCAGAUGAACUGUGGCCUAUCGCCAUGGAUAAACUUGCUCAAAUCAUGAACGAUUCAAUUGAGUCAGAACUCGAUGCAGACACGGACUCUGAUUCAACCGCAGAACGACUAGUGAAGGAAUCACAUAAGGACGUUAUCUUCUCCGACAAGAGGUUCUGGGAUGGGGCUAGUAUCGAACAGGUUCGCCAACAUUUUGCCGAGUAUCUCCAUGCUAGUAAAGGUCGCGGCUCUGGUCGGUUUGAGGGAUGUCUUAUCAUUGAUGAACGAUCACUCAAAUCUAUUAUUGCUAGUCCUACCACCCCUCAAAGGCAUGGCAAAUCUUAUGGCUUUGUUGGUAUGAUCGAUGGGCGGUAUCCUGAGACGCGGUAUGAUCUACAAUACACUGGCUUUAUGCGGGUUGAAAUUCCUUACUUAUGGCCUCUCUAUGCGGAGUUGACCAGUAAGUAUAUGUGGGAACUAUGUCCCUCUGUUCCUGAGGGCUUGAUCCCUGUUUAUGAUGGUGCAACUGGGAAAGCACAUGACGAAGAGGGAAAUGUCCAUCUAAUUGUGAUGCAUCGGGGCGGUUGGCUGUUUUGA